AUGAGCAACGCCUUCACCCUCUGCAUGGAGGGGGAUCCGGUCGCCCGCGUCACUGCCUUUGCCGCUUCUGCCGCUGCUGCUGCUGCUGGGGUGAAUGCGGAGGGUGUGGGAGGCGGCGCGGGGAAGCUGAUGAUGGGCGUGAAGGGCGUGCCUGCUGGCGCGCAGUCGACUCCCAUUGUGUCCAGCGACUUUGAGCCCUUCUACUUCAUCAACGUCACCGGCAUGGCAGUGGGCAACGCCACGCUCUCCCUGCCGCGCUCCGCCUUCCCGCCCCUGGACGCCUCUGGCAACGGCGGCACCGUUCUCGACUCCUCCGCAUCCAUCACUGUGCUGCCCACACAGGCAUACCAGGCCAUGGCCACUCAGGUGAAAACAACAGAUUGGGUUUACCAGGCCGUGGCCACUCAGUACCUGGUGGCGGUGCCGGGGUUGAAGUACGACUAUACUCUCAGCGACCAGCAAGGAGUCGACUGCCUCAACGCCUCCGCCUACGCCCAGCCAACAGAGAGCGCCUUCCUCGCGCAGUUUCCCACGCUCUCUCUCAUUCUCGCCGACGGAGCACUCUUCACAGUGCAGCCCUCAGCAUACCUCUACCUCGUCAGUCACCACUCCCACCUCAGCUUUUCAGUCACCCUUUUUUACUUUUCCAGUCACCCUUUUCUUCCCAGUUACCCUUCUCUACGUGUUUUCCAGUCAACUCUCUUCUUGUACUUUUUUCUCAAUUUCCCCCUCCCUCCCCCCCUGACUCCCCUCGUAUCCCCCCUCCACCUAUCCGCCCCUGCGCCCUUCUCAGGUGCGGGCGGACGUGAUUUGCUUCGCCAUCACCCCCCGCGCUCAACAGCAAUCAGCACACCAUCAUCCCGGGUCCACUCGUGGCUGACCAACCGCUACAUGGUGUUUGACAAUGAAUCCAACAAGCUCUCCUGGCUCGACACCAACUGCACCACUGGUUUCAGCGACAUUGUCGACUCCCUCCCUCCUCCCGCUCCUUCUCCUCCUCCUGCUCCGCCUGCUCGUCCUUCUCCUCCUGCUCCCCCUGCUCCCCCUGCUCCCCCUGCUCCCCCUGCUCCUCCCACAUCCACUCUGGCCUUCCCCACCAUCCACCACCGCCCCCCCAUCCCCAAACACCACCACCACACCUCCCCCCGCAUCUGUCAACUCUCCUCCCUCCCCCAUCACCAGCAGUCCUUCCCCCCCACCAUCCUCCAACGCUCCUUCCUUCCCCAAUUCCACCACCAUCCCUCCCCCUCCAGGUGCCAACUCUCCCCCCUCCCCCGCUACCAACAGUCCGCCCCCCCCACCAUCAUCCCCUCCUCGCCCAGGCAGCAGCGCCGCCUCCCCCCCAACUCCCCCUCCCCCCCCUGGCGGAAUCUCAGCCCCUUCCCCCCCUGGCGGAGUGUCAGCCCCUUCCCCCCCUGGCGGAGUCUCAUCCCCUCCCCCUCCUGGAGGAGUCUCACCCCCUCCCCCCCCUGGCGCAAUCUCAACCCCACCUUCCCUGGGGGAGCAUCACCCCCAGGGGUCAUUCCUUCUUCCCCCAUAGCCCCUCCUCCUUCCCCUGGCCCACCUCUCCCUCCCGGCGCUUCUAACCCCUCCAUUGCUCCUCCCCCCUCCGUCUCUCCUCUUCCCUCCUCUCCCCCCCCCCCUCCCCCUCCCCCUCCUCCCCCUCCUCCCCCUCCUCCCCUCCUUUCCCCUGCUCCCUCCUGGAGCCUCAGCCCCCCCUUCUCCUCCCGUCUCCCCCUCUCCUGCUGCUCCUCCUUCGUCCACACCACCAUCCCCUGGAACAACAAACCCUACCCCCUCGUCGCCCUCUUCCCCCUCUUCUCCCCCUUCUCCCCCGCUUCUCCUUCUCCUCCAUCCUCCCCCUCUUCUCCACCAAGUGCACUGUCCCCAGAACCCCCCGAAAUCCCCCAACCCCCACCAUCUUCUUCCCCUUCCUCCUCCAUUCCCCCUUCCGAUUCCCCCUCUUCCCCUUCCGAUUUCCCCCCCUCUCCCCCUACCCUCCCCGCGUCCCCCCCUCCGCCUGGAACCACUCUAGGCCCAUCUGCCUCCCCCAGUGCUCCUGCUCCUUCCGCCCCUGACCUACCCCCCUCACCCCCCACACCCCCCCACAUCCCCCUCACCCCCCUCAACCCCCUCACCCUCCUCAGCCCCCUCACCCCUCUCACCACCAAUUGUGGAACCCCCUUCCCAAUCCGCCCCUCCUCCCAUCCUUCCCCCAAUCCCUCCUCCCACUUCAUCCCCCUCCCCGUCCUCCUCACUGUCCCCCCCUCCCUCUUCCCCUUCGCCCUCCGCCCCUUCCCCAUCAGCCCCUUCCCCCUCCGCCCCUUCCCCAUCCUCCCCAUCCUCCCCUUCCCCCUCCUCUCCAUCCGCCCCUUCCCCCUCCUCUCCAUCCGCCCCUUCCCCCUCCUCCCCUUCCACCCCUUCGUCCCCUUCAACCUCCUCCCCUUCCACCCCUUCGUCCCCUUCCCCCUCCUCCCCUUCCACCCCUUCGUCCCCUUCCCCCUCCUCCCCAUCCCCAUCCACCCCAAGCGACCCCUCCGCCUGCAUCCCCUCCCCCUCCACCUGCUCCUUCUUCUUCGACGGCUAUCAAGGCCAGAUCCCAACAUUCCAGCUCAACCCCUUGCAGGGCUGCGCGCGAGCGUGGGCAAGUAUGUGGCGCGUGUGGUGGCGGGUAACAGUGGCGCGGGAGAGGUGGUGUGUCCUGAGGAGAAGCGGCAGGACGUGGGGGGCCAGCUUUACAUCACUGGAUCUGAUCUGAUGCAGCGCACGUUCCAGUCAGCAGACUCAUUAGCAGCGGUGGGAGGCAGCUACAUGCGAGUGGCGGUGACGACGGCUCAGAUGGACCUGCUGGGGACGACCUUCAACAUGAACCCCGGGGAUGGCGACCCUGAGCUGCCAGAGGAAAACCGAUGUGUUCUCUUCAAGCUCGACCUGCCCUCCUGA